GUCGACCGCGCCACUUCCCACAACCAGCGCCUGGGCCUGGCCUCCAUCACCGACGUCGUGCGCGGCAACUUCCUCGAGAUGCCCUUCGAGGCCGGCACCUUUGACGCGGCCUAUGCCAUUGAGGCCACCUGCCACGCGGCCAAGCUGGAGGAGGUGUUUUCCGAGGUUGCGCGCGUGCUCAAGCCGGGCGGCCUGUUUCUGUCCUACGAGUGGGUGUCCACGAAGGAGUUCGACGCGUCCAAUGCAGAUCACGUCCGCAUCAUCGACGAGAUCAACUUUGGCAACGGCCUGCCCGAGAUGCGCACUUGGCAGCAGGCCGAGGAGGCGGGGCGGGCGGCCGGGCUUGAGCUCGUGACGUCGAUCGACCUGGCCGUCGCGUCGGCGGGCGCGGGGCCGUGGUACGGGCGGCUGGAGGAGCUCGCGUGGCAGAACCAAGUCAGCCAUGUCGUAGUGAGCGCAGUGGACGCGGUGUGGCUGGCGCCCAAGGGGCUGAAGCAGGUGCACAACAUGCUGGUGGAGGUGGCCCGCAGCCUGGUCGCCGGCGGCCGCACGGGCGUUUUCACGCCCAUGCACAUGCUCGUGUUCCGGAAGAAGUGA